GAUUACAAUAUCUAGCAAGUAUAAUCCAUCCAAAAUUGCAGGUCAUUUUAAUUGCUUAAUUCCAUUAUAUGACACCACGCGCUACCAAAUAAAUUACUAGUUUUCUGUUUUAAGUAAUUUUUGGUCUUAGAUUUUGAAGUGAAGUGAAGUGACUGCUUAUAAAUUUGCAAAGAGAUUCGAUGAAAAUGGGUAAGGCGUCUGUUGGUAUGAAGAGUUGGAUGGAUUUUCUUCAAACGCUGCCACCGUUUCACUCUCUUCUCUUUAUUACUCUUCCAUCAAUGGCCCUUCACCACCACCCCAUCUUCACUUCUCCAACAGACACAGGGGAGGCCCUGUUUUUUAACUGCUCUCUCACUUCCGCGAUUCUGCAAUGUUUGCCAACAAUGGAGGUGCCCCUACCUUUGUUGGUGCGGUGCCCAAGGAUUCGCGCAAGAGAAAGAUGAAGGAAGUUGAGGCAGAAACCAUAGAACAUACUCCCGCAGCAGCAGCAAGCAAUCAGAUCAACCUCUUCAAUCUUCACGGCCCCCACUUUGCUUCCCUCAAUGGCCGCCACUCCCAAGUGCAACAAAUACUAAACAAUGCUGCACCCUUCAAGCCCUUCUCCUUUACGUCCCUCUUGACUGCAGCUGAUGAGGAUGAUCUCGACUCUCUCUCCAUGGAAAUCAAGAACCAGACUGAACAAGUUGAUCAGAUCCUCCUCUUCCACAAUGAGAAUCUCAGGCAGUCGUUGGCUGGAGUAUUGGGGAAGCAUCGCCGGACCCUCCACCGUGUUGCGGAGGAGAAGGCGGCCAAGAAACUGAAAGCAAAAGAAUUGGAACUGCAUGGGAAGUUGUCAGAGAAUGCGGAGUUGGAAAGGAUGGUGGAGCACUACAAGGGGGAAGCGGAGAGGCUGCUAAUCCGGGUGAGGUGUUUGGAAAGGACGACAAUGUCCCUGCAAGCAGGUCUGCAGGAGGCCAAUGCAGCACGACGUUAUGCAGAGACAGAGCAGGAGGAUGCAGAGUCAUCAUACGAGGAUCCUGACCGGGUGGGGCCGGUGAGGCUCGACUGCAAGGCCUGCGAGAGGCCCAGGGUGGUGUGGGGCCGGCCCCGCCAUAUCUGCGUCUGCACACGGUGCGAUUCUGUCACCAAGGUCUGCCCUGUUUGUUGCUCACUUAAGACCACCAGUGUUGAAGUCUGUCUCCCUCUCGACUAG